CACACUGCGGUCUCCUCUUGUACUGCUUCUCUUGGAUGAAUAAUUAACCAAUCAUACCAACUUGAACGAUUUGCUAGUGUUUGGCAUGCUGCAGUCCACGUGGCAGGUUAGACAGCAAUGGCUCUGGCAUUACCCUUCCUGUUGCUUCUUCCUAGCAUUGGAUUAAAUGUGGUCCGUUGUCUGGACACUUGUAAUACAAAUGACUUCCACUAUGAGUACACAGAGUGUGACAGCGAGGGAAUGAGAUGGCGGGUGUCGGUGCCAGAACACAACAAGUGUGUAGGGGGAGCUCCCAACGCCCCUGUGCGAGGAAAGGAGUGCACAUUCACAUGCAAUGCAGGUCAGUUUCUGGACAUCCAAGGGGACCAGGAGUGUCACCCCUGUCCGGCAGGCACUUACUCCCUAGGGGGUGGAGUCCGGUUUGAUGACUGGGACAAACUCCCAACAGGGUUCACUAUCUCAUCCGAGGCCUUCGGUGGAGGCUUCAUGUGGAGGAGUCACAAGCGGGAUGUCAACUGCAGCAGUGAUACUGUCAAUGGGUCGACAUGGCAGUUGCGGUCCAACUACAUCGCUGCCGUCCCUGGAGACUGUACCACCAGUCUCAUCUUCUCCACAAAGCUCGUCAAAGCCGGAACCGUCACCUUCGAGUAUCAGUCACCCAACCCUGAUAUACUGUUCCACUUCACAGUCCAGAAUGACCAGUGCCAGGCUAUAGGGGAUGAAUCCAAGGGCACCUGGCCCCCUAACACGGAGGAGGGCAAGUGGAAGACUCAGACGCUGAACCUGAAGAGUGGCAUGAACGUGCUCCAGUGGCGUGCGCUGGGGAUGAAAGAACGUACCCACGGUCGAAGUCCCAUCCUCAUCAGGAAGAUAGAAGUGACUGGUGUGGCGUAUACGUCCGAGUGCACCAAGUGUCGGAGCGGCACCUACAGCAGCGGGGGCACUGAGUUCUGUGGCUACUGUCUGGAGAACACCUACUCUCAACGUGGCGCUGCCCAGUGUAGUCCCUGCAACAAGGACACGGAGUACACCACUAGGGGUGCCAGCAAGUGCGAGACUCGACCUCCAUGUUCUGAUAGAGAUUACUAUGAAUACCAAACUCCAUGUAAUGAGAACAAACAGACUCACAAGGAGUAUGAGUGGAUCACCCCCCAGAUCUGCAACCCCACGGCUUCAGGUGCUGUGACCCUUCCCCCUCAAGGCAAGCUGGAAGACUGCCCUCCCUGUAAUCCAGGCAUGCAACUGUACAACAACUCAGCCUGUGACUUCUGUCCAGUCAACCAGUUCUCUGACGGCUCCAAGCCCUGCGAGGCGUGCCCUGCAUCCACGUCCCCCGAGUACAGCCUCGACUACAGAUGGUGGUCCGUCAUGCCACCCAAUGUCACCAGCGACUGUCUCUCCAUGACAGCUGAAACCUGUUCCCCACAAGCAGGGUGGUUAGUGUCCAGUGACCACAUCCGUACCCACUUCAGCCAUGACAAGGAUGUCUUCCUCAUCCUCACCAUGCACAUCCCCGGCUUCAGAGGCCACGCCAACGUUGUCAACGGCAAAGCAGACAUUAUCGGACACAUCUCCUUCAGGUUCGAGAUGAACUGUACAGGGGACUGUGAGCUGGUUUUCUUGACUGAUGAUAAUGGGAAGAAUUCAGUAGCAAAAUCAUGGAAGGGAAGUUAUGAAAAUAAUGAAUAUGUGUACAAUGUGCGCAGCAACAGGUCUCUGAUAGCCACCUGGGCCUUCCAGCCAUAUGACUGGGAGAACCUGCCCGAAGCCAAGCCCGAGGAGUACCUCAACAACAUCGCCAAGAUAUACUCCAUCAAGGUCACAAACACUGUCUCUGGUGGCGCUUCCGAGUGCAAACCUUGUCCAAGAGGAACAGCCAAAAACACGUGUAUUCCAUGCCCCGAUGGGCAGUACAUCGACACAAGCACAACGUCCUGCAAGGCAUGCCCCAACACUGUGGUGUCCAGCAGCGAUGCCUGGGGGAAGCAGGCCUGCAAGGUGUGUGGGUCAGGCCUGAAAGCUGAGGGAGGCAAAGUGUGUAAAACCGACUGCAAGUUUACGGCAAAAGAUGGCAAGGUGUACGACUUCUCCGACCUUGACACCAUCCAGUUUGUGGUUGGCAACAAGUUGUUUACGUCCAGCGGCACCCAGUACUACCAUGGCUUCAACAUCAGCCUGUGUGGUAACAAGGUUACACAACUCCCAACCUGCUACAACAACGUCACCGAUCAGCCGGUCAAGAAAUCUGAAGACAUAGAAAUUUUGAGCCGUGGUGGAAGCUAUGGACUGCCGACUGAUGUUAAGGGCAUGGUUUGUCGGUCCACCCUGGUUCCCCAGAGGGACACAGAUGCUCCUGUUGUCUCCACCCAGCCAGUUAGUCUCGGGGACCACCUGGUGAAGAUUGUGUCUAACGACAGCAGCAUGGCAGACCUCUUCAAGGAGGAGGGUUUCCCUGCAUCACCUGAAGAUUUAGAAAGGGAUAUUCAUUUUCAUUACAAGUCUGAACAGUCAACCCCAGCCUGCCCCGAGGGCCGCACCACCAUCAUCAGUCUGAGAUGUGACGUGAAGCAGGACCUGCAAGGCGUCAUCGACCUGCCCCCCAAAUGUUCCGAUGGCACCUGCGAUGGCUGCACCUUCCACUUCGUGUGGAAGAGUCAGCAUGCUUGCCCCAUCUGUCGGGACGAAGACACUGAAGUGAUCAAUGGAGAAUGUAUUCGGGGGGAACAGACCAUACAUUACUACCCUCCAAAACAUUGCCUGCUGAGUGAAUCCCACAAGCCCAAACAGAUGAAGCAGAAAUGUACAACCAUGCCAUUUGCCGUCCAGGUGGCGCUACCAGUUGUUAUUGGUGUUGGAGUGUUGUUGAUGCUGCUGCUCGUCUACCUGUGGAAGAGGAACAAGAGACUGGAAUACAAGUACAUGAAGCUUGUGGAGACGGCUGGAGGGCGUGAUGGGGAACUGCCGGGGGUAGAGUCGUGCGGGCUAGAGGAAGAUGACGAGGAAGCUGUCCACUUCCCUGACAAGAACACCAGCAUAUUCCAGAAAAUCAAGAACAAGAUUACCAGUGGUGGCAAGGUUUCAGACGAUGACUUUGCUGAUGAUGACAACCCUUUUAUUGCUGUGAAGAUGCAGGAGAAGUUACCACUGACAUAGUUUUCUGACUGCACACCUGAAUGACCACAGCUGCGUCUCAGAUCGGUACAGUCAAGUACCUACCAGGACUACAACUCAUUGAUUGUGCAGUCAGAGAUCAGCACCUUCUAGCACCUGCCUACAUUCAGCUAAUCAUUGAUUGCCAAAACAUUGAUCAGCUCAAUCAAGCACCUGUCUGCAUUCUGCUGAACAUUGAUUGCCAAAUCAUUGAUCAGCUCAAUCAAGCACCUGCCUACAUUCUGCUGAUCAUUGAUUGCCAAAUCAUUGAUCAGCUCAAUCAAGCACCUACCGAUCAUUGAUUGCCGAAUCAUUGAUCAGCUCAAUCAAGCACCUGCCUACAUUCAGCUAAUCAUUGAUUGCCGAAUCAUUGAUCAGCUCAGUCAAGCACUUGCCUGCACUCAGCUAAUCAUUGAUUGCCAAAUGAUUGAUCAGCUCAAUCAAGCACCUGCCUACAUUCAGCUUAUCACUGACUGUCCAAUUACUGAUCAGUUCUCUGCUAGCCUGUUUUAUGUAGUUCUAUGCUUCUGUGAAACAAACCAGAAAGGUGCUUGAUUGGGCACGAUGCAGAUGUAAUACCAUGACAGAGACACAAAGAUGCCAAGAAUGUAUGAGGCAGUACAGCAAAAUGGUACAUCUUUCACUGUUAUUGUCCAACGUCACUAUGUAUUUUACCUAAAAUUAUCCUUGUGUAUAUAUAUAUAUGUAAGCUUACUUUCACCAAACUGCACAAUGUUUAGGGAACUUAUGAUAUACUCAAAAUAUGAAGUUUCCAGAAUUAAGCGAGAAUUUACAGUGCUUAGCCUUAAGACUUGAUCAGAUUACAGGGUUAUUUUGAGAAGCAUUAAGAUUGUGGACAGUGGGUCUUUGACAAGAUAUUUUAUGUUUAUGUUGUAACAAUCAAUCAAUUUGACUAAUUAUCACUGUAUACCAAUCUUAGACUAUGAGUGUAACCUUGUCAUCUAUUACAUACAACCACAUAUGUACAUUUAGUUGUGAGACUGCCCAUGACCUUUGACCUGUUGACCUUAACCUUGGCUAAGAAUAUUAUAUCUAGGGCUAUGGUAUCUGUGACAGAUGUCUCUGUUUCCAGUGGUGUAUACCCAGUUAUAUGGUAAAUAUUGAAUGUGGGCUCUAUGGCCAAAAUAUGUCUAUAGGUGGAAUAUUCAUGGUGUAUUACUAGAAGAGUGUUUCAAUGGCAUAAAAACCCUUCACGUUCUUUCGCUAACCCAUGGUGCAGUGUGUGCUACUACCAUCAUGGUCUUGUGUCCUUAACUUUGAAAUACACAUACACACACAUGCACGUCGUUAUAUGAGCGAAAUUUUCUCAAGCACGACAUUAAACCAAAUUUCACCUCACCUCACCUUAACUUUGAAAUAGCAAAGUUUCACUGCUUCUAUAAUCUAUCUCUCAAAUUAUAUCCACAGGCCUGACACUGUCACAUGUACGAUGUGGUAUGUGACAUACUGUUGAAUCAGUGUUUAAAACUCCCAAAAUUCCAAGCCAGAC